AGUUAUAGUGUUCGGUGCCUUGUACCGGCUAGGGUUUCGUGCGCAGUGAAUCCAUCUGGAGGAAAUCCAUGGAAAUCAGCAAUCACAAUACGAAACGCAAACGCGACGCCGUGGAGUACGAACAGGAGGAAUACGGAGCCGUCCGACAAGCCCCUCCGGACAUCCAAAACAAUGAAAUUGAUCUUUCCCUCCUCGAAGCCCUUGAAAAAUCCCAGCAAGUCGCCGUUGAAGCGCUCGACCAGAAGACUGUAAAAAAGCUUGUACUCUCUUUCGAACGCCGCCUUAAGGAGAACAUUGCAGCCCGGCUAAAGUAUCCCGACCAGCCAGACAAAUUCGUGGACUCUGAGAUGGAACUCCACGACGAGAUUCAGAAGCUGAAAGUUCUUGCCAGCGGACCUGAAUUUUACCCAGAUUUAGUGAACCUGGGCACCAUUGCCUCCAUCAGCAGCUUGCUCAAUCAUGAAAACACCGAUAUAGCUAUAGACGUUGUUGGGCUGCUUCAGGACCUCACGGACGAGGAUGUCCUGGAGGACAACGACGAGCCUGCUCAAAUCCUCGUUGACGCUCUAAUUGAGAACAAUGUGCUUGAGCUGCUAGUGCAGAACCUCAGCCGAUUAACUGAUACUGACCCGGAUGAAUCAGCAGCAAUAUACAACACUCUAGCUACAAUCGAGAACUUCAUUGAAGUGAAACCCUCAGUCUCCGAGCUUGUAUGUGAGAGAACUAAGUUAAUGAAGUGGUUAUUGGGUAGACUCAAGGCCAAGGAGUUUGACAGCAACAAACAAUACGCUUCUGAGAUUCUGGCGAUCUUGUUGCAGAAUAGCACGACCAAUCAGAAGAGGUUAGGGCAAAUGAAUGGAGUGGACACAGUUUUGCAGGCUGUGGCAUCUUACAAAUCAAAGGACCCUAAGACUUCGGACGAGGAAGAGAUGGUUGAGAACUUUUUUGACUCGUUAUGCUGUUUGUUGAUGCCAUUGGAGAACAAAGAAAGAUUUGUGAAGUCUGAAGGAGUUGAGCUGAUGAUUAUAAUUAUGAAUCAGAAGAAGCUAUCUUAUGGGUCUGCAAUAAGGGCAUUGGAUUUCGCAAUGACUAAUUAUCCCCCAGCUUGUGAGAGGUUUGUAGACGUAAUGGGGUUAAAGACUGCAUUUCCUGCUUUCAUGGGUAAGAUUCCUUUGAGCAAAAAGAACAAGAAGCGCUUCAAGGAAGAAUUAGAAGAGCGCCUUGUAUCACUAGUUGCAUCAUUAUUUGGUGGAAUCUUGAAAGGAUCCAGAAGAGAGAGACUGUUGAGUAAAUUUGUUGAAAACGAGUGUGAGAAGAUAGACAGGCUUAUGGAACUAUACAUAAGAUAUUCUAAUAGAGUGAAAAAAGAAACUGCCCAGUUUGAUCAGCUCGAACUUGAUGAUUUGGAGAUGGAUGAAGAUGAAAAGUAUAACAGAAAGCUAGAAGCAGGACUUUAUACCCUUCAGUUGAUUGCUGUAAUUCUUGGCCAUUUAUGGACUUCUGAGCACCCCCGGAUUAGAGCAAGGAUUGAACUGCUGUUGAAGCAGCAAAAGCUCACUAAACAAGAUGUGAAGGAUAUACUCCAGGAAUAUCAUGACAACAUUGGUGAUUUUAAUGGUACAGAAGAGAAGGAGAGGACACAAUCAAGAGUCCAAAGGUUUAUUUCAGCCUUUUGAUUUAGGAGUCUUAUCUGAAAAUAUUGCUGAUGUGAAUGAGUGUGCACUUCUCUCGAGUAUCAUUGUGUUUGUAUCGAAUUAUUGAUUUGUACAAUCUGUUUCUUCCUUCAUUAGUGAGAGGGGAUUAACUGCAUGAAGUGUUCGGGGUGGGGGCAUGUCUAUAGAGAAAAGCUAAUUCAAACUAUUUUGUGCGUACUAUAAUCCCUUUUAGUGAAAAUUAGUUCGUGACCAAAAUUGAUGUUCAUGGAGGAAACUUGCCUUCUUGAUUGAUUGAUAUUUUAC